AUGGUGUCGCAGCCAUGGCAGAGGAGAUUGAGAGAGGAUGCAGCAGCUAGAACAAUGACAGCGGCAGGAAAUCAACGACCCCACCACAGCUACUGCCACUCUCCGCCACCACAGCUACUGCCACUCUCCGCCAGCACAGCUACUGCCACUCUCCGCCUCUUCUUCCACGACUGCAUGGUCGAAGGCUACGAUGCCUCAGUCCUCAUCUCCUCCAACUCCUUCAACACCGCCCAGCAUGACGCCGGCAUCAACCUCUCCCUCCCAGCUUUCUCAACUGUUGCAGUCGAACCUGUCUUCUCCUUGGUGUACGAACACGACACGUCCAUACCUACAGGCGACAGAGACUACACCUCCUUUCCCACGCCCUUGUGCUGCUUCAGAAUUGAAUAUCAAAUGGAGAGAGUUUUGGUUCUUGGUUUCAUUUUGGCCACCCUUUGUCUAAUAACCACAGAAUUUGCUUGUAAUGGCGAUGUCCAUUCGGGAAAUUGCUUAGAAUCCGAUCGAGAAGCUCUUGUUGACUUCAAAAAUGGUCUCAAAUGCUCUAAGAAUCGGUUUUUAUCAUGGAAAGGUAGCAACUGUUGUCACUGGGAGGGAAUUAAUUGCAAAAAUAGCACAGGAGUUGUUAUUUCAAUAGAUCUUCAUAACUCUUAUGAUAGUUUUAGUGAUUAUCAGAAUUGGAGUUCUAUGAAAUUGAGUGGAGAGAUUAGACCUUCAUUGAAGAAACUCAAGUUCUUGAGGUAUUUAGAUUUGAGUGGAAACUCAUUUAAUGACAUCUCAAUUCCUCAAUUCUUUGGAUCGUUAAAAAAUUUACAAUAUCUAAACCUAUCAAAUUCUGGGUUUAGUGGUGCAAUUCCUCCAAAUUUGGGAAACCUCUCUAACUUGCAGUCUCUUGAUCUUUCUUCCGAAUUUUCUUACUUAUGGUCUGAUAAUCUUGAUUGGAUGGCUGGUUUUGUUUCCUUGAAGAAUCUUAACAUGAACCAUGCCAACCUUUCAAUGGUGGGGCCUCAUUGGGCUGGGGUGUUAACUAAGCUUCCAAUUUUAACUGAGCUGCAUCUUCUUGGGUGUAACCUCUCUGGUUCAAUUUCAUCCCUAGGUUCUUCCAAUUUUAGUUCACUUGCUAUUCUAUCUAUCAGUCAGAACGCCUUCAAUUCGAAGUUUCCUGAAUGGCUUGUGAAUGUCAGCAGCCUUGUAUCCAUAGACAUAAGCAACUGUGAGUUAUGGGGGAGGGUUCCGCUGGAUCUCAGUGAGCUACCUAAUUUGCAGUACUUGGAUCUCUCUGGUAAUAAAAAUCUGGAAGGCAGUUGCGCCCAGUUGUUGAAGGGAAGCUGGAGAAGGAUAGAGGUGCUCAUUUUGGCUUCAAAUAACUUACAUGGUAAAUUCCCUCUCUUGCCUACAAAAAUUUAUAUUAACUCAUCAUUUUGGUAUCAGAUGAAUAAUGUUGAGGGUACAAUUCCAAGCUCUGUCGGAAUUCUUUGCAACUUAAAAUAUUUGAACUUGGGGUCUAAUAACUUGACAGGAGGUCUACCAACAUUCCUUGAGGUGCCUGAAAAUUGCAGUUCUGAAAGUCCUUUACCCAAUCUCACCUAUUUAAGUUUGUCAAGCAAUCAGUUAACUGGAAAACUCCCGGAAUGGUUGGGUGAGCUUGAAGAGCUUGUGGAACUCAGAAUGGAUGAUAACAAUCUUCAAGGUCGCAUCCCUGCAUCUUUAGGGACAUUGCAACACUUGACCGAAAUGUGGCUUGGAACCAACAGACUGAAAGGGACUCUUCCAGACAGUUUUGGACAGCUUUCUGAAUUGGUUUACCUGGAUGUUUCCUUCAACAAUUUGAUUGGAAUUCUCUCUGAAGAAAAAUUUUCCAAGCUAACUAAGCUGAAAUAUUUAUUAUUGUCCUCCAAUUCUUUUACUUUGAAUGUCAGUUCCCAUUGGGUUCCUCCAUUCCAAAUCCACUUUCUUGAGAUGGGUUCAUGUCAUUUAGGUCCUUCAUUUCCACCUUGGCUCAAGUCACAAAAGGAAGUUGAGUAUCUUGUUCUCUCAAAUGCUAGCAUUUCAAGUUCCAUACCAAACUGGUUUUGGAAUAUUUCUUCUAACAUAGGGUGGGUAAAUCUGUCUCUCAAUCAUUUACAAGGUCAGUUACCAAAUCCACUGAAUCUUGGCCCCUUUGCGUCUAUUGAUUUCAGUUCCAACCUCUUUCAAGGACCCAUUCCUCUUCCAAACCGUGGGGCUUACGUACUAGAUCUAUCUGACAAUAAAUUUUCUGGUCCUAUCCCACAGCGCAUAGGUGAAUUCAUGCCAGAACUGUGGUUCCUUUCUCUUUCAGAUAAUGAAAUAAAAGGAACCAUCCCUGCUUCUGUGGGACAUAUGUGGAAUGUUGAGGUCAUUGAUCUUUCAAGGAAUGGAUUGGUAGGAAGCAUCCCUUCGACCAUAAAUAAUUGCUCUAACCUGAGGAUUCUUGACCUUGGGAACAAUGGUUUGUCUGGAAUGAUUCCAGUAUCACUGGGUAAAUUAAAGCAGCUUCGGUCUCUGCACCUAAACAAGAAUAAGUUUUCUGGAGGGCUUCCUCCAUCUUUCCAACAUUUAUCAAAUCUGGAAACCCUUGAUCUCAGUUACAACAAAUUAUCAGGUAGCAUUCCAUCAUGGAUGGGAGCUGCUUUCAGCCAUCUUAGAAUUCUUAACUUGAGGUCCAAUGCAUUUUCCGGGGAACUUCCGUCUGACAUCUCCAAUUUACGUUCACUGCAUGUGCUUGAUCUUGCAGAAAAUCAUUUGACUGGAACCAUUCCCGCUAUUUUGGGUGAUCUUAAAGCCAUGGCUGAAGAGCAAAACAAAAAUCAGUAUCUAUUGUAUGGGAUGUUAGUCCACUACUAUGAAGAAAGCUUGUUUGUGAAUGCAAAAGGGCAAGUUCUAGAAUAUACCAAGACUCUUUCUCUGGUUGUCAGCAUAGACCUCUCCCACAAUAAUUUAAGUGGAGACUUUCCAAAGGAAAUAACGAACUUGUUUGGUUUAGUGGUUUUGAACUUGUCGAAAAACCACAUUAGCGGGCAGAUUCCACGAAGCAUUUGGAGGUUGCAUCAAUUGUUAUCUUUUGAUCUGUCAAGUAAUAAGCUCUCUGGCACUAUCCCUCUAAGUAUGUCCUCAUUAACAUUUUUGAGUUAUUUGAAUUUAUCGAAUAAUAAUUUCUCUGGUCAGAUCCCCUUCAUGGGACAAAUGACAACCUUUACAGCCACGGCCUUCGCUGGAAAUCCAAAUCUUUGUGGAGCUCCACUUGUUACUAAAUGCCAAGAUGAAGGUUCAGAUAAAGGACAAAGUGAUGUUGAGGAUGAAACCGACAAUAACUUUAUUGAUCAGUGGUUUUAUAUGAGUGUUGCGUUGGGAUUUGCCCUAGGCAGUUCAGUUCCAUUUUUUAUUUUGUUAAUGAGAAAAUCUUGGUGGGAUGCCUACUUUGAUUUUGUGGACAAAAUUGUCAAACUAUAUAUUGUGGUUGAGAAGAAGAAGAGCAGCCAAUGA